GUGUAGUUUCUCCUACAACGUCCCACAUUCCUCCGGUGGAAGCGGGAGCAAGCUCAUUGCUUCUCCUACUGUCGUCACCGACAAGGCUCUUCUAAGUGAAACUAGGGUUUAGGCCGGGAAGAUAGUGGGGAAUCUUUUGUGUAGGAGCUUAUGGCGAUACCAGUCGAAGAGGCCAUUGCUGCCUUGUCCACAUUCACCCUUGAGGAUGAGCAGCCUGAUGUGCAAGGACUAGCUGCUUUACUCUCUAUUGAAAGAUGUGCAACUACUAGCCCUACUGAGUAUGCUGAUGUUUCUGCUUAUCGAUUAUCUCUCAUGGAGGAUACAAAAGCAAUAAACCAAUUGAAUACUCUGAUCCAGGAAGGAAAGGAAAUGGUUUCAGUGCUGUAUACAUAUCGCAGCUGUGUCAAGGCUCUUCCACAGCUGCCUGAUUCCAUGAAGCACAACCAAGCUGACCUGUACCUUGAAACCUACCAAGUUCUUGAUCUGGAGAUGAGCCGUUUGCGUGAAAUUCAACGGUGGCAGGCAUCUGCAGCUUCAAAAUUGGCAGCAGACAUGCAGAGAUUUUCUAGGCCUGAGCGGCUGAUAAAUGGGCCGACCGUAACUCAUUUCUGGUCAAUGUUAAAGCUGCUUGAUAUUUUAGUGCAACUUGAUCAUCUUAAAAAUGCCAAAGCAAGUAUCCCUAAUGAUUUUUCAUGGUAUAAGAGAACUUUCACCCAAGUAAGCAUGCAGUGGCAAGACACUGAUACAAUGAGAGAAGAGUUGGAUGAUCUGCAGAUUUUCUUGAGUACUAGAUGGGCCAUAUUGCUAAACUUGCAUGCUGAGAUGUUCCGUGCAAACACUGUCGAAGACAUCCUACAAGUUCUUAUUGUGUUUUGUGUCGAAUCGUUAGAGUUAGAUUUUGCACUACUAUUUCCAGAGCGCCACAUGCUACUUCGUGUUUUGCCUGUUCUUGUUGUUUUAGCUACCUCGUCUGAGAAGGAUGCAGAUUCACUGUAUCGAAGAGUGAAAAUCAACCGCCUGAUCAGUAUCUUCAAGAAUGACCCAGUGAUACCUGCAUUCCCUGAUCUUCAUCUUUCUCCAGUUGCAAUCAUGAAAGAGUUAUCUAUGUACUUCCCCAGUUUUUCCAGCCAGACACGUUUCCUUACUCUUCCGGCACCACAUGAAAUACUUCCUCGUGAAUUGCAAGAUUAUCAGAGACAUUAUUUAAUUGUAAAUUACAUUGGAACUAUUAGAGCUGAGCAUGAUGAUUUCUCUGUUCGCUUUGCCUCGGCAAUCAAUCAGGUCAUAAUUUUGAAGUCAACUGAAGCUUCGGACGCCGAGUGGUCUAGAGAAGUAAAAGGAAAUAUGUAUGAUAUGGUUAUUGAAGGAUUUCAGCUUCUUAGUAGAUUGACAGGACGGCUUUGGGAGCAGUGUGCUUGGAAGUUUUCUCGUCCUUGUAAGGAUCCAGUGGCUUCAGAUUCUCUUGGAGGCUCAACUACUUUUUUUGACUAUGAAAAGGUGGUGCGCUGGAACUACAGUUCAGAUGAAAGAAAAGCUGUAUUAGAGCUCGUCAGUUACAUAAAGAGUGUUGGUUCAAUGAUGCAACGCUGUGACACACUUGUGGCAGAUGCUUUAUGGGAGACAAUUCAUGUAGAAGUGCAGGAUUUUGUUCAGGAUAAACUAGACACAAUGCUACGGACUUCAUUUCGGAAAAAGAAAGAUCUAUCAAGGAUUCUUUCUGAUAUGCGUACGCUUUCAGCGGAUUGGAUGGCCAAUACAAGCAGGCAUGAUACUGAAUUGCAUGCGUUGCGCCAAGAAGGUGAAGAGCCUAGGCCAAAUAUAUUUUAUCCAAGACCAGUUGCACCUACUGCUGCCCAGCUACAGUUGGUACGUUGACGGACCUUGGUUUCCUUUGGUUCAGGGAAUUCUAUUUGGAAUCUUCUCGUGUCAUCCAGUUUCCAAUUGAAUGCUCUCUUCCGUGGAUGUUGGUGGAUAAUGUAAUCGAGUCUCAAGAUCCAGGUCUCCUUGAAAGCAUUCUGAUGCCAUUUGAUAUUUACAAUGAUGCCGCUCAGAAUGCACUGACCAUGCUCAAACAGCGUUUUCUGUAUGAUGAAAUCGAAGCUGAGGUCGAUCUUUGUUUUGAUCAACUUCUUUAUAAGCUUAAUGAGAUUAUUUUCUCGUAUUACAAAAGUCGUGCUGCAAGUGAUUUACUUGAUCAAUCAUUUAUAGCUUCUUGUAAUGACGACAACAAAUAUUUUGUGAAGCCAAUGCGGUUUAAUGAAAUAUUAAAGCUGAGGAGAGUAAAGUUACUUGGAAGGAGUAUUGAUUUAAGAAGUUUGCUCACACAAAGGUUGAAUAAAUUAAUCCGGGAGAACAUUGAUUUUCUCUUUGAUCGAUUUGAGGGCCUGGAUUUAUGUGCCGUUGUGGAGUUACAACAGCAUCUGGAAAUUCUGAAGCACUCCCAUAAUUUACUGUCAAAAGAUCUUGAACUAGAUUCAUUCAGUCUGAUGCUCAAUGAAAUGCAAGAGAAUCUCUCGCUUAUUUCAUAUUCAAGUCGUCUUGCCUCUCAGAUUUGGACAGAAAUGCAGAAUGACUUCUUCCCAAACUUCAUCCUCUGUAAUACUACUCAACGCUUUAUUCGCUCGAUAAAGGGAGAUCGACACGCUUCCCAAAGGGCAUCAGUUCCUAGUGGGAAGUCUUACUUUUUCUGUGGUUCUCAGGAUUUGAAUGCGGCAUAUCACAAUCUGGCUGCGAUGUACUCUGAGUUCUUUGGAAUUCCUCAUAUGUUUGCAGUUGUCCAACUUAUUGGUCUAAGAUCACUACCCUGGAUUAUAAGAGCUAUAUUGGAUCAUAUAGCGGUGAAGGUGAAUGUAUUAAUACCUAAAAUAUAUGGGCUACAAGAUGCAUUGCCGAAAUCUAUUGGACUACUUCCGUUUGAUGGUGGUGUGGCAGGUUCCCAAAAGAUUAUUCAUGAACUGUUGACCUGGGGAACUAAAUCUGAACUUAAAUUUGAAGUGCUUCAAAGUUUGAAAGAGGUUGGAAGUGCACUCUAUUGGAUGAGCCUUCUUGAUCUUGUACUGAGGGAAAUAGAUACCACGCAGUUCAUGCAAACUGCGCCAUGGCUGGGGCUGUUUAUGGGAACUGAUGGACAACUAAAAGAGGUUGAUAGUGGCAAUAGGCCUCUUGUCAGUUUGUUCAGAUUAGCUAAUACAGAGAUUGUAUCACAUGCAACAUGUCAAAAUCCCAAUUCCUUUAACAUCAUGUUAAAGCAGGCAGAAGCAGCUGAUCUCAUAUAUAAAAAGAAUAUUAUAUCCGCUAGUGUGCUUGAAUAUGCACUAGCCUUUACAAGUGCAGCAUUGGAUAAGCAUUACAGCAAGCUGAGUGCAAAUCCGAAGACAGGGUUUAUUGACAUAACCACUUCAAAGGAUUUCUAUCGGAUAUUUAGCGGUCUACAGUUUGAAUACUUGGAGGAGACUGUUCUCGAAUCUUCUAGAAGGCAUGAUUCAUGGGGUGACUCGGUAGCAUGGGCUGGUUGCACUAUCAUCUAUUUGCUUGGCCAACAACUGCACUUUGAACUUUUUGAUUUUUCAUAUCAAUUCCUCAACAUCGCUGAAGUAGAAAAUGCAGCAAUAGCCCACACUCUAUCUUUCGACCGUUCCAAGAAUUCGAAUUUCUUGCAGGGAUAUGAGAUUCUACUGGAAGCCAUGAGGAAGGCCAGAAGGCUGAACAAUCAUGUAUUCUCCAUGCUAAGAGCUCGUUGCCCACUUGAGGACAAGGUAGCCUGCGCAAUAAAGCAUAGUGGAGCACCACAGCAUCGAAUUACAUUUGUUAACACGCUCUCUGCCUUCGAGACUUUGCCACAGAAAGAAGCCUGAUAUGGCUUCAAUCUUUGUUGUUGAUAGAGAAGAUUUUAGAAAGAUAUUCUGAUUUGUUCUUAUGACUACAAAUGAACAAGUUUAGUUACUCAAAUAUUAACUGUCUUUAAUUUUGAAAUUAUUGCAUGUCUUUAUUCUGUGUUU